AAAAGGUAAAAAAAUAAUGAAAGUGAAGAAAAAAACAGGCAGGGCAGCAGUAUAAAUAAUAGAAGUUUGAUGAUUUAUAUGCAGAACCAACAACUACACUUGUUUUCUAUAUAUUCUUGUGUGAUCAUGAAUUCCUCCAUUUAUAUUCUUGUCUUUGUCCAGCUUUGGUUGUUGAGCUUACCAUGCAGAGAGAGUGUGUGCAUCCCAAGUGAGCGUGAGACACUUUUGAAGUUUAAGAAUAAUCUCAAUGAUCCUUCAAAUAGGCUUUGGUCUUGGAAUCAUAAUCAUACCAACUGUUGCCACUGGUAUGGAGUCCUCUGCCACAACCUCACUUCCCAUCUUCUUCAGCUUCACCUCAACUCUUCAGAUUCUUUUUUCAAUGAUGAUUGGGAAGCUUAUAGGAGAUGGAGCUUUGGUGGAGAGAUAAGUCCUUGUUUGGCUGAUUUAAAGCAUUUGAAUUACUUGGACUUGAGCGCCAAUAAAUUCCUUGGAGAAGGUAUGUCAAUUCCUUCUUUCCUUGGGACAAUGACCUCCUUGACUCACCUCGACCUCUCUAUUACUGGAUUCCGUGGGAAGAUUCCUCCUCAGAUUGGGAAUCUCUCAAAUUUGGUGUAUCUUGACAUGAGAUAUGUUGCCAACGGAACAGUACCCUCUCAGAUUGGGAAUCUCUCCAAUUUGCUCUAUCUUGGCCUUGGAGGUGAUUCUGAUGUCGAACCUCUGUUAGCUGAAAAUGUAGAAUGGGUAUCAAGUAUGUGGAAGCUUGAAUAUCUUCAUUUGAGUUAUGCAAACCUAUCCAAAGCAUUUCAUUGGAUACACACUCUCCAAUCUCUUCCUUCUUUGACCCACCUAUAUUUGUCAGGAUGCUUACUCCCUCACUAUAAUGAACCAUCCUUGCUCAACUUCUAAUCUCUGCAAACUCUCCAUCUUUUCGAUACUCAUUAUUCCCCUGCCAUUUCUUUUGUCCCCAAGUGGAUAUUCAAAUUGGAGAAACUUGUUUCUCUUGAAUUAUCUGGUAAUUAUGAAAUCCAAGGUCCGAUUCCUGGCGGUAUUCGAAACCUCUCACUUCUUCAAAAUCUUGACUUGUCUGGAAAUUCAUUCUCAUCUUCUAUACCUGAUUGCUUAUACGGUCUUCAUCGUCUCAAGCUCCUCAACCUAGGGGACAACAACUUGCAUGGGACUAUUUCUGAUGCCCUGGGAAAUUUGACUUCUCUCGUUGAACUUGAUUUGUCAUAUAAUCAACUUGAAGGAACAAUUCCGACUUUUUUGGGUAAUCUCCGCAACUCAAGGGAGAUAGAUUUAAAAUAUCUCUAUCUCUCUAUUAAUAAAUUCAGUCGAAAUCCAUUUGAAAGUCUUGGAUCACUCUCUAAAUUGUCAGUUCUUCAUAUUGAUGGCAAUAAUUUUCAAGGAGUUGUCAACGAAGAUGAUCUUGCAAAUCUUACAAGCUUGAAGGAGUUUGAUGCAUCAGGGAACAAUUUCACUUUAAAAGUGGGUCCUAAUUGGAUUCCUAAUUUCCAGCUUACCUAUUUGGAUGUGACAUCAUGGCAUAUAGGUCCCAACUUUCCAUCGUGGAUUCAGUCACAAAACAAACUUCGAUAUGUUGGACUGUCUAACACGGGGAUUUUAGAUUCUAUUCCCACUUGGUUCUGGGAAGCACAUUCUCAGGUUUUGUAUUUAAACCUCUCUCAUAAUCAUAUCCAUGGUGAGCUGGUGACUACAAUAAAAAAUCCAAUAUCUAUCCAAACUGUUGAUCUAAGCACAAAUCACUUAUGUGGUAAAUUACCCUAUCUUUCAAGUGAUGUGUAUGGGUUAGACCUUUCAACCAAUUCAUUCUCUGAAUCCAUGCAAGAUUUUUUAUGUAACAAUCAGGACAAGCCAAUGCAAUUAGAAUUUCUCAAUCUUGCAUCAAAUAAUCUGUCAGGAGAAAUACCUGAUUGUUGGAUUAAUUGGCCAUUUCUAGUGGAAGUGAAUUUACAAAGCAACCAUUUUGUCGGGAACUUCCCCCCAUCCAUGGGUUCCUUGGCUGAGCUGCAGUCAUUACAAAUUCGUAACAACUUGCUCUCGGGAAUAUUUCCUACCAGUUUGAAGAAGACUGGCCAAUUGAUAUCCUUGGAUCUUGGAGAAAAUAAUCUUUCAGGAUGUAUUCCAACAUGGGUUGGAGAAAAGCUCUCAAAUAUGAAAAUCCUCCGCCUUCGAUCAAACAGUUUUUCCGGUCACAUUCCAAAUGAAAUAUGUCAGAUGAGUCUUCUUCAGGUUUUAGACCUUGCAAAAAAUAAUUUGUCUGGCAAUAUACCCAGCUGUUUCCGUAACUUGAGUGCCAUGACACUAGUGAACCGGAGUACAUAUCCCCAAAUCUAUUCUUAUGCACCAAAUCAUACAGAAUACUCUUCGGUAUCAGGUAUAGUUAGUGUGCUACUUUGGCUAAAAGGAAGAGGAGAUGAGUAUCGAAACAUUCUGGGUUUGGUAACAAGUAUUGAUCUGUCAAGUAACAAAUUAUUAGGAGAAAUUCCUAGAGAAAUCACAGAUCUAAAUGGAUUGAACUUUUUGAACUUGUCCCACAACCAAUUGAUUGGUCCUAUUCCAGAAGGUAUUGGUAAUAUGGGAUCGUUACAAACCAUUGAUUUUUCGAGGAAUCAAAUUUCUGGUGAAAUUCCUCCAACCAUUUCUAAUUUGAGCUUUUUGAGCAUGCUAGACGUGUCUUAUAAUCAUUUGAAGGGAAAAAUUCCAACAGGAACUCAAUUGCAAACCUUUGAUGCCUCCAGAUUUAUUGGCAACAAUCUAUGUGGUCCACCACUGCCCAUAAACUGCAGCUCCAAUGGGAAAACUCAUAGUUAUGAAGGAAGUCAUGGGCAUGGAGUGAAUUGGUUUUUUGUUAGUGCGACAAUUGGAUUUGUUUUGGGACUUUGGAUAGUGAUUGCUCCUUUGCUGAUUUGUAGAUCAUGGCGGCAUGCCUAUUUUCAUUUCCUUGAUCAUGUGUGGUUCAAACUUCAAUCUUUUUACUCGUAUAGUAUCACUGUUUAGUGUUGCUUACAACCAAUGUUGUAUCAUUGUAUUGCCAGGUUGUUCAAUUUGCAUUGUAGUUAUUGCUAUCUUCUUUCUUUCUUUUUUUUUUAAAAAAAAAUUUGAGAGUCUUAUUUAAAUUCUGUUUUGGGAUGUACAUAUUUGCAUAUUGAGCAUAUUUGUAGUUAAGAUCAACUAGUUGUUCAAUUCUGUGUA